ACUUCUGGGGUGAGGUUUGACGUGCAAUGAAAUUAAAUCCGUAUGAUCCAGGAUAUUAUACAUGGCUCAAUUGUAAUGCAUCAAGUCGAACUCAAUACAAUCUGUUCAAACAUUGAGAGAAGAAACGGAUAUAUCUCAGUAAUUAUUUCGGCACUUUGUUUGAUAAUUCGAGCACAACACAGGUCUUGAUUCUUAUCAUGGAUCCGGAAACAUGUCAAGCACUAGCAGAUAGUUAUAUGAAUGAAGUCCAAGAUAAGCUAAAAAAGUAUGACGUCCUACGCGAUUUGGAUAUUUUCGUUUUGGACAACUCGAUUCGUGAGAGUACAGUUGGUCAACUGAAGGGACAUACUUUGGAAGAUAAAUGGGCAAUCUACAAUACAUCGAAGAAAUGCGGCUUCAAAAACAUCAUCGUGGCCAGUUUUAACCAUAUGACCCGUGUCGAUGACGUUUUUAUGAAAGAGCUGAUAGCAGAAGGCGAGGACCCAGAGACACUUUGGGCUUUCUCCGAAAUCACGGAAAGCAUCACGAAAAAGGUCCCUGACACAGAGAAGUUGCCAGUCGGACUACGCAAGAUGCAAUCUGCUGGUUUGCGAAACGUCAUUUUUGAGUUUGACCUUGGUGACUCUACCUAUGACUUCGACAAGUUUACGGUCGAUCAACUGUGCGCUCUCCUUGAGAAGUUAGUACGGUGGUGCUUUGAAAACCUCGGCGACAGGCCUAAAAUUGUGUUUAAUAUACGUGAUCUUCCUGACGCCAUGUCCGGGGACGCCGAUCGUGUUUUCAGGGUGGUGUCAUUUCUUUCAAACCUACCGGAGGAGAUCAAGUUGUUUGGGUUGAUUUUUGAGGAGCCGCGUGGAAAGUCUUUGCCGGAAGAAUGUGGUACUUGGGCCAAGUAUAUUCGAAAGGUUAUGGACGACGCAGAAUGGAAAGGACACCUUCUUGUUCAUGUGCAUGAAAAGUUUGGAUACCUCGACGCAACUGCCCUCGAGGUGCUGAUGAACGGGGCUGACGGAAUAUGGGCGAGCGUCUGUAAAGAGGGAGCGGCGAUGGGGAACGCGUCAUCCUGUGUGACUCUCAUGAAUCUCGUUCGACUGGGUAACAAAAAGGUCCUUAAGCGUUACAACUGUGCCUAUCUCCGCCAAGCCGCAAUUAUCACGACGGAACUCAGCACAGGAAAACCACCGCAUAAGAAUCAACCUAUAUACGGCGCGCGGGCUUUGGAUUUCGUUUUUGAUUUGGGUAAGGAGGAGUUUGACCUUGCAAGCUUCUUUGGAGAGACGGCCCCUGUUCGGAUCACAACUCUUUCUUCGCCUGAGAUGAUUCGCUUACGUCUUGUGAAUUUGUUUGGUGAAGAUGAAAGUUUCACGGUUGAUCAAGCAUACAAAAUGAAAGAACACAUGCUCGAAGAUUUAAGAAGUGGAAGAAAGGAAGAAUACAUGAGCAAAGUUGGACUUGCGGUCCUCUUUGAUCGCUCUGGAGGUAAAAUAACAGCUGCAAUGAGGGAUGCAAUAGAAUCAGACACCCUUCUUACACCACAUGCCCAGAAUCUCCUUACGGAGAUCCGCGAACGCUGGGACGAGUGGGACUUUAGGGAGGAAGGAGUGGACAGAGGGGACAACAUGUUACUCUUUGAUUCGUUUUACAAUGCGUUCAUGGCGCCCUAUUUCUCUUGCUACCGUUGUAACGACACCAAGAAAGCGUUGCAGUGUCUGGACAUGGACUGUGAUGGGCAGGUGGACUGGUCAGAAUUCCUCGUGUAUCUUAAAUGGGCGCUUCACCAGUACCCCGACGUCAGAGACUCCUACGAGCUUGUAGAUGUCGCCUUUCGGAAGGGACUCAUUCCCGCCUUGAGGGACGAAUUUCUGCGGCAGCAGGAGGAGAAACAGGACUGCAGAUUGAUUUAAACAAAAACAUUUUGAGCAGGAAAACGAAUCGAAUGUAACCGGUCAUGAGACAUGUCAUAUUCUGUAGUCAGCUUCAAAGACUAUGCUUGCGUAUUUUUAUAGGAAGUGAACACUAUUGAAGUUGGUGUAAAAAUGACUUCAUGAAUUUACUUAUAGACUUGUCUAGAUAUUGCUUUACAUAUUUUAUUCAGAUAUCGGUUUAUCAUACACUUUGUAUUUGCUUAAUUUGUUGUUAGAUAAUAUCAAUGCUCUUUAUGUGAUUGUAUCUAUAUAUAAAGGGCUUGCGUUCCACUCACAUUACCUCGGCUUAUUCUAGAAGUCAUCAACUGGGUUUAAGGAACCCGUUAUACAUAUGAGAUGUUCAUUUUAUCGCACCAUUUGCGAUCAUGUAACAUCUUGAUGCCGGGUGACUCAAUAUAGUGCUGAUAUCAUUUUUUUUCUUUAUAACCGGUAUACAAAAUUGAGGACCGAAGAUACAUUUAAGAUAAAGUUAAUCGAGGUUAUAUUUUUGUUUUAUAUUUCGAAUGAAGUCGGACGUGAGCUGCUCUAUUCCGGAAUUUUUCAAGGCAAAUAAAUUUUGUUUGUAGUAUUAUUUCCGUUACAAUUUUUUCAUAUUUCUUAUCUGCACAUAAAAUCCCUCAACUGAUAGCAAACUCAUAUGGGGUCAUCAGACACCCCAAAUUCACAUCCUUGUACAUUGAAUACCUUAAUUAUGACGUAAUGGGCACCUGCAAGUAGUUAAACAAUAUGGCUGUUUUGUAUUUAGCUCUUCAGAGAAAGUAAAGGUUUGUCUUCGGGUGGUAUUCUUUACACGGCUGGUUUUUAAUAUACGUCUUAGUUGGAUCUAACAACGAUGUAGCGAAUCGGAUUACUUGUUAUUAAUAACUGACCAAUAGAGUGAAUGAAGUCAAUAAUGUAUGACCCUAAGAUUAACUUAAGUAGCAUAUUGAAUACAUGCACCCCUGAUCUUGAUUGGAUCGAAGAACAAUGUAGUUAAUUGAAUUCCACCCUUCAUUAAUUCUGUUUUGUUAUUUGAAUUUCUCUUGGUUACCUUCUAAUUAUGUUUACAACAAUGUAAUGUGUUUCACUCUCUCUUGCCGAUGCCGUCACUUUGAAUGAUGUUUAAGCACUAAGCAAUAAAUGAAACGAUAUUUGACAAUAGUUAUGUGGAAAAAGAUAUCAGAGAUAUAUAGUAUUUGAUGUCAUUGGGCAACACUUUAAAAAUAUAUGUUUCCUUGCAAAGAACCCUUUAUCGCCGUGCAAAUCCAUGUAAACACGGUCUUGCCGAACCGGUUAUUUACAAUGCUUGGUACAAAUGGAUAUAUAUAUAUAUAUAUAUGUUAUAUAAAAUCAAACAAGUCGUUAGAUAUGCCAUAUUCUGUAUUGUUCUUUCAAGUAAAUAUUUUCGUAUAAUUGUGUAUUUUGUAACUAGCGAACAUUAUUAGUAAAAUUGACUUUCUGUGUUUACUUGUAGACUUGCAUCUUGCUUUGCAUAAUUCGUUAUCGGUGUCGGUUUUCUAUACACUUUGUAUUUACUUUGUAUUUACUACAUUUCCUUGAAAUAUUAUAUAUAGUUGGAGAUCA